AUUUUAUUAUAUAUAAAUCAUUAAAAAAAAUUACUUUGAAGGGGGGGACAAAAACGGAAGUCACGUGUCUGUUUGUAGCACCGUUUCCGCUCUCUUUUCGUGGAGGCUCUGCUAGCGGCCGGCCUGCAGCCAUGCAGAUUUUUGUGAAAACAUUGACGGGUAAGACCAUCACCCUCGAGGUCGAGGCUUCAGACACUAUUGAAAAUGUCAAGGCAAAGAUCCAGGAUAAGGAAGGAAUUCCCCCUGAUCAGCAGCGUCUGAUUUUUGCUGGAAAGCAGCUGGAGGAUGGACGCACCUUGUCAGACUACAACAUUCAGAAAGAAUCAACCCUUCACUUGGUUCUUCGUCUGCGUGGUGGCAUCAUUGAGCCUUCCCUCAGACAGCUGGCUCAGAAAUACAACUGCGACAAGAUGAUCUGCCGCAAGUGCUAUGCCCGUCUGCACCCACGUGCUGUCAACUGCCGCAAGAAGAAAUGUGGCCACACCAACAACCUUCGCCCCAAGAAGAAGCUGAAGUAAACAUUUUGAUGGAAUUGGCAUUCUGUGCCAUUUUGUGUUAAAAUAAAUGUUAAAAAAAGGU